UUUGCGGUAACAAACAUGGCGGCUAUUAUGAACACCUGGAAGCUAGAAAACGCGUUGGACUACACCAACAUGAACACUGCCAAAAAACUCGCUUUUGCCGUGGCCACAGUGUUCAUAAUCAUCCACGGAACACGGGUAUACAACAACGGAGGUGACACCUGCAGCAAUUUAUUGUCACGAGGACACCUAGCAGCUGAUAAGAAAUGGCAGCCAGAAGGAUGUAUGCUGCACAAGUAUUCCAAAAUCGAUAUGAGAAAGUGCCUAUCAGAGAAAAGUUUUACCUUUGUGGGAGACUCACGACAGAGGCAGCUGUACUUCAAACUAGUCAAGACUAUCAGUGUUUCAACAGUGAAGGAGGGAAAACAGCAUGAAGAUAUUGUCUACAAUGAAGAUGAUACAGGCAUUUCUGUGAAUUUCCUGUGGCAGCCAAUGGUGAAUGGGUCCAUGGAGAAAGUGUUCAGGGAAUGGAAAGAGGGCAAGAAGAAGAAGCCUAGCAUCAUCAUCACAGGAUCUGGAGCAUGGACCAUCAAGCAAAUGAAUGCCAGUGGAAAAGCCCUAUCAGAGUACCAAGCUAACCUGACUCUGCUACGACCAUUGAUGGAGGAGGUUGCUAUAGAAACUGAUGUGUACUGGAUGCUGCAAGACCCAGUGAACAACACCCAGCUGAGUAAGGAGCGAAAGAUGAUCACCAACACCCAGAUUGACAGCUACAAUGACAUUGCCAUGGAGAUUCUUGGUGGCAGCCAUGUAGGUAUCCUACAGUCCACUCACCAGGCAGCCUCUGAACUGUUACAUGUGUCCACUGAUGGGCUGCAUCUGGGGGAACCUGCACUGGAUGUGCACCUGUCCCUGCUGCUGAACCUGUUCUGUAAUGACAGACUCCGACCCAUAGACGGGUCCUGCUGCCAGUCCUACCAACCUCCAUCACUACUGCAGGUCGCCACGGGGGUCUUCUUUGGUCUCUGUAUGGUAGGAGCUAUGCUGUUCUCUGUGACCAGAGGAAGAACACCAUCUGUGUCUGAAGAUGCAGAGACAGCUCAGAACCAGAAGAAGACCAAGAGUACUGCAGAGAUAGCCAGAACCACACUUGUGGCCCUCGCCAAGUUUGGGGUUAUCAUGGCGUACUUCUAUCUGUGUGACAGAACACCCCUCUUUAUGAAGGAGAACAAACACUACACCCAUCUGCAGUUCUUUGUGCCAUUUGUCUGGGUACUUCUGGUUGGUCUAUUCUUCCAUUCUGACACCAAACAGACUUCCAUCUUGAACCGUGAUCAGACAGAUGAAUGGAAAGGCUGGAUGCAGCUGGUUAUACUCAUCUACCACUACACUGGGACCAGCUCUUACCUCCCUAUCUACAUGCACAUCCGUAUCCUGGUGGCCAUGUACCUGUUCCAGACUGGAUACGGACACUUCUUCUACUUCUGGAUGAAGGGUGACUACGGCAUUGUCAGGCUCUGUCAGGUGAACUUCCGGCUGAACUUCCUGGUGGUGUUCCUGUGCAUGGUGAUGGACCGGCCGUACCAGUUCUACUACUUCGUGCCGCUGGUCACCUUCUGGUUCUUUGUGGUUUAUGGCACCAUGGCCGUCCUGCCCAGGGUCACCGCUAAGUCUUCAGGAGGCGCCGCCAACAUGCCUGAAGCUUCUGGUUGUACAGCAAAGCUGUCCUUCAAUGCCACUGACAACAGCUCGGGCUUCGUGCUGAUGAUGUUCAAACUACUGGUACUGUGUGGGAUCAUCGCCCUCUUAGCCUCCAUGCAGGUGCUGUUUGAGUCGCUGUUCUCCUGGUGGCCAGCUGUGCAGCUGUUCCAGUUGGAAGGUUCCAUUAGAGAGUGGUGGUUCAGGUGGCAGUUGGACAGAUAUGCGGUGUCCUAUGGCAUGUUCUUUGCUUUCACAUACCUGGGCCUGAAAAAGCUGCAGAUUAUUGACGACAGUUUCCAUGGUAACCUCUUCACCCCUUGUGUCACUUACCUGAUCGUCACCUUGUCAGUCUGUAUCACACUGGGUUACACUAUAUUUAUGACCACUUGUAGCAGUAAAGUGGAGUGUAACAGACUUCACCCUUAUAUAUCCUUCCUUCCGAUCACUUCCUUUAUCCUUGUAAGAAAUGUGCCAGGUUACCUGAGGUCACGUUACAGCACAUUCUUUGCCUGGUUUGGCAAGAUUUCUCUAGAGUUAUUUAUAGGGCAGUAUCACAUCUGGUUAGCUGCGGACACCAAAGGCGUCCUUGUGGUCAUACCAGGACACCACACCCUCAACAUGCUGGUCACUUCCUUCAUCUUUGUCUGCAUCGCACACGAGAUCUCAGCGGUGACCGGAACUCUGGCCACCACACUAGUCCCCAGGGACUUCAACACUGUUCUGCAGAGGCUGAUCAUAUUUGUGCUGUUCCUCUGUGUAAUGCUGCUGUACGGACACUUUGGGGACAAGAUACAGCUGUUCUAGUGAUGCUGUUUUGUUCUAACUAUGUGAUAAAAUGUAUAGACACUUCAAACUCAAAGACAACCUUCUAGCUGUACCUUGCCUUACCUUACCUGUACAGACUCUUCAAAAGACAAGCUCUCUGUACAGCAACUGUAAAGUCACUUUGAAGAUACUCAGCUAUAGAGUCAUUGCUAAGACAAGCUACAGCAGGUCUUCUGCAAGAAAUUGUUUAGCUCAGGCUAUUCAUUUGGUCCAUUGUACAAGAUAAUGUAAAUGCAUUUAAGUUUGUGGGGAUUUAAUCUCGCGGUAGCGGGAAAAAUGACUUUUUGCGGUGGUUUAAAUUUUGCGGUAACACCAUAGACUGCAAUCUAAAACCAUAAUAGAAAAAUGUUCGCAGUGGUUUUAAGUUCGCGGUCAAGUGGUCACCACGAAAACCGUGAACAUUUAUCCACCGCAAACAUUUCUACAUUUACAGUAGUACAGUAUACAGCAGUGCGACACUGUUCCCUUUGUCAUCUGCAAGCUAGACUACAGCUGCUGUAAUGCUGUUCUUUAGGCAGUGCUGCUGUACAGUACUUAGAAAAUAGACUGCAGCAGCACUUGUGCUGUUCCCUGUGUCACUGCAAGCCAGAUGACAGCUGAUGUAAUGCUGUUCCUAGGUUGGCACUACUGUACAGUACAUAGAAAAUAGACUACAACACAAGAACUACUGCGCUGCUAGUGCUGUCCUGAAGAAUUGGUGGGAGCUGUUCCAGUGCUAUUCUUUAUGUCAGUUGGAGAAUACAAGCAGGUUGCAGCUGUUUCAAGGAUUAUUUGGAAGCUAGAUUAUAGCUGGAGUAGUGCUGUUCCUAGGUUGGUACUGCUGUACAAACAUUACUGUGAGUUCAGUUCAUCCUUUGUAGAGAGGUUACACCAUGCUUUCCACAAAGCCCUGUCCAGCAUGACAGAGUGGAGCUCGUUGACUUAAAGACCUGUGUCCUCCAUGAGUAAAGUGUCAAGGAAGGGUGACCACGUCUGUGAGGCUCGUCUGGUUGCCAGAGUAUGACCGCUCCAGCUAUUUCUUCCAUUUCUUCUACUGAGGUUACAAUUGUAUUAGUACUUAAAUUUGGGGUGCUGCUAUUCAACAUUAUUGUGAUUAGUUAUAACUGUUGUGAAUACUAUAAUCCUGAGAUCAGAACUGAUUUCUUAAGAAGUUGGAGCUAUGUUAGAACUGUAUCAAGUUAAAGUUAUUCCUAGGUUUUUGCUGCUGUAUGAUCACAUGUUACAAAUUUGUGCUGUACAAUACAUGUGCCAUGGUUGCUGCUAUGAGAAAUAGCUAUAGCCCACUUUUCAAAAUUAAGAAGCCUCUACAAUAGGACUCAUUAUGGCUAAAUGUUGAAAUAAAUGUAGACUAUGGCACAUGUACAUGUACAGGCACAAGCAGUCAGGUUAAAUAGGUUAUCCAAAGUUCCUUUCAUUGAUUUUCUAGAAGUUUGGUGCCAUUACUAUGAAUUGUGGUAUUUGAUAAUUGUAGACAUAAUCAGUUAGGAAUAUGCUAAGGAAAUGUGUUGCCUUAUGUGAUACUUCGAUGUGAUACAUCUGUAUGAAUGUAUAUACGAUGUACAUGUAGAUGUCUUAGUACCACUUUUACAUAAUGGUAAUUCCAUAAUCCGUGAUUUAGGUUUUCUUUGUUUAUCCUAUAGAGUUUAUAAAAUUCUGCUACCUUGUAUAAUUUUUUCUGGUGCAGGUUCCUUACCUCAGAAUAUGGAGAUUUGUUUGACACCAAUGUUAUGAAGUUGUAUAGUUUAUUUAUAUGUAUGAUAUUAUAUAUAUAUGGUGUCUAUAUGUAAGGUAUGAAUUCUAUGUAGCAAACUUGUGUAUUUAUGUGUGUAUGUUGUUAGACUGUAAGGUGGAAGAAAUAUGUUAUACUAUUGGAGACAGUAGUGAUGUGCAGCUAUGGCUAUUUAGCUUUAUGAAUGUAUAUAUGAUGUACUUAAUAUGAUAUGAUCACUCUUGAAUCUUGUGUGAACAAUCAGGAUGUUAAACACAGGUUGUAAGCUACAUAAUGUGAAUGAUGGUGUUAAGUGUGAAUACACAAGAGGGUGUAACUGAUCUUGUAAGGAACAGAAACAAAUUUUACUUACAAA